AUGUCGGACAAAGAAAAUGAAAAUCACGUGGAUGAAGCUUUUGGCGAAUUGCUAACCAAUUUUGUACGACAAAAUCCUUGUCUUUACGACAAAAAAUGCAAAGAAUAUAAAGACAAGAACUUUGUUGCCGAUACAUGGAGCUCCAUCGCAAGUGCCUGCAAUAUGUCAGUUGAUACGGUGCAAAGACAAUGGAAAAUUCUUCGCAACCAAUUUACUCGAGAACAUCGCCUUAUGAUGACGUAUGAGCCAUCAGGUACAGGGAAUAACACAUCUAAGAGACCACGUAAGACAUGGUACUUGUACGACUCCCUUUUUUUUUUGGCAUCACAUGUGGCCCAUCGUAAUACAUGUAGCAACUUUGUACGAAGAAAUACAAUGAUGAAUCAAUCAUCGCCAUCAUCAUCAAAGUCUGCAUCACAAUUAACAUCGGUACCAUUAGCAUCUGAAACGUCUAGCACUCUGUGGAAUUCAGAUCUUGUUACUGUUAGCGAUGACUCAAAUGUUUCAACUUCAUUAAUAGAAAUAUCGCCAAAAGUUUCAACGGCUUCAGCAACUUCAACAACUUCAUCAACUUCAUUCAGUCAGCCAAAGUCGUCAGCUACUAGAAAGAAAAAUUUAAUUUCCCCACCACCUGAUCCAUUUGCAGUCCGGAAGAUGAAGGAAUCUCAGACAAACCAAGAACAGCUGUCUAAAAUGAUAUACGAGUACAGUACGUCUGAGAAUAUAAACAAGUUUAUGUAUAACUUAACAGAAAAACGUUCGCAAGCUGUCAGCGGUGAUGGAGAGGAAGCAGCAAUGGCGAAAACAUUAAUUUGUGCGUUGAAAAGAGUAAACUCCAAGUACAAAAUCCAGUGUUAUACGGAAUGUUUAUUUAUUAUAGAUAAAUAUCACAACAUGACAACAGAGGAAACAAUUCAAAAUCUAUAA